UGUCACAGUCCAGCUUGCAAACAGGCCAUGUGAGCCGGUCUGGGUCUCCAUCCACAGGGAAACGCAUGGCAGGUAGCACCCUGAACAAACCAGAAAAACAGCCCUCCUCUACUCUGGAGCCCAAGGCAUCAGGGUCCCACCCGCAUCUACCUUUGCGGAGCAAGGUCAGCUAUCAAAGGCCAGAGAGCUUCCACUCGCUGGCUUCGCCCCUCCCCUUCAGGCCAGCCGCUACAGGUAGAUCUGGCGCCGCCCGAGGACUGCCUGCCGCGCCAGGUGGGUGGAGUGUGAGCUGAGGACUCUCCCUGUCCUGGACUCUGCACCCUUAGGUGCCUGGGUCUUGCCUCUCUCCGGAACGUCUGUUCUCUGCGCUGCCAUGGAAGCGGCCAGAACCCCAUCGCCCCGGGAACAGCUGGAGCUCUCGAUCCUGGAAGGGCAGCAGGAAGAGCUGACGCCUCUCAACAGCCUCCAGAUCCAGCCUUCCUCCGCAGAGCGCUCUAGCCCAGCCCAGACGGACAAGGAAAGUCCCUGGAGUCCCUGUAACAAGAUUGUGGUUGGAAGAUGUAAACUGUGGAUGGUCAUUGUCACCAUUUUCGUGUGUUUCGCUAUAGUGAUCAUUAUAAGUUUAUGCCUUAUAGGAGUAACUUACAUCGAUGAAGAUGAAAAUGAAAUACCUGAAUUAUCAUCAAACAAAACCUUCUUCAUCGUGUUCAAGAUUCCAGAGGAGUGUGUUAAUGAAGAGGAAUUGCAUCACUCGCUCACUAAAAGGCUCACGGACACAUAUAAAGAGUCCCCAUCUCUGAGCCGUUAUUUCACUUCUGCUGACAUCGUGGACUUCAGUGCUGAAAACGCCACGGUAACCUAUCACUUGCAGUUUGGAGUUCCAGCUGAAGAUGAUGGCUUCAUGGAGUACAUGAUGAGUGAAGAGCUGGUGCUUGGCAUUAUGAGACAGAACCUUCAUGAUAAGAAUAUAUCCAGUUGUGAGAGUCUCGGGCUUGAUCCAGAAUCCCUCUUGCUCUACGAAUGAGGUGGUGGAGGUCGGUCUGUGUCGGAAAGCACCGCUCUGCAGUCUCAGAGUGAAGAGAAUGCAGAAACCUAUCCAGCAGUGGCCAGAAGGAGGAGAUGGUCCUCCCACCGAUUCUGCACAGAUAGGAAGUCUGGCUCCAUAUCCAGAAUUUCUGAAAGCUGUUCCUGAGAGCUGUCCCAGUGGGGUUCAGGUGCUAGAUGAGGUCUGGGAUGGAUCAAAGAUCCCACAGCACGAGCUUCCUGCUGCCUUGGAAGCACUGGCUGGCUCUGCUCACACAUGGAUGCUAUUCCUGUAGAGCAAGAAGAGUACCUGGCUUUGUUUAAGGCAGGGUUCUGUUAGCCUGGGCUGAUGUGGCAAGGCAAGAGCAAGUAGUCAGGGGAAGGAUGCGGAACCGAGUCAGUUGGUCAUUCAAGCUGGAGCCCCCCCCCCCAAUUAUAUUUAAUGGACCCCUAAGCUAAGGGUGGGAGGAAGAGAAAGGUACUUCCAAGACUUAAGGAGCAUAGCUCUUCAUCUACCUCCACUACCUCCACCUGUAUAGGUGUGUGAACAGCUGAGCUCAGGCACAUCACUGAGUGUCACAUAUAGAAAUAUGUUCGAUGCGUCUUCUUUCUCUUUUCUUUAUUGUCCUUGAGAUGCCUCAGUAUCUUUUUUUUUUGAAAACAUAAGUCUGUGAGUUUUGAACAUGUGCUGUCCUUUAAGAGUGUUUAUUAUUGUAAAAGUCAUCAAAGGAUCAUUAGGAUUACUUAAUUCCUGCUGCUGAUACCACACACUGGCUUUGCAUCACCUGGUGCCACCAGCCUUCCUGCAGGACACAGUUUCUUGAGUUGUUGCAUGUGUGUCUUAUGGCAGAUGGUCGCUAAGCAGAGGGUCGCUGUCCUUUUGAAACUGUCAAAAGAGGCAUGCCUGUCCCUUGGGAGGCCAGGAGGAAGUUAGUGACUGUAUCUGUCCUCCGUACAUAGAGAAAGCCUGUCAUGAGGGAAUAGAGUAUUUGUUUUGUUGGGGAAAUUGUCUUCCUGGAUAUUUUCUGGGACAGAGUGUUUUUUUUUAUUGUUGUAUAAUGAGAAAUCUCCCAGCCUGAUACCUCAGAUGGAUUAGCCACGGAUGCAGGUCACUGCAGCAGGCAGCUAUGUGAGCCUGUGUCAAGUGAAGGGUUCGGGACAAUGUGAAUUUGCUUUCUUAUUUAACUACUAUAUACUAUAGUAAUAAUAAUUGCUAUAUUGUAAUUUAUUGUUUCAUUUUCAGUAUAGUUCCUUAAACUACUGAAGCAGGUGGAUGUUUCUUCUUCCCCUUUAUUUUUUACACGUCAAAUGUGAACCUCCCUAUGUGUGUACUCUUUUCAAAGCAAUGAGGAAUUUUAAUACAAAAUGAUUUUAAAACAUGUACAAUACAUUAUUUUUGCAAAUGUGUUGGUCUAUCAUCUGCCUCUCAGGUCUUCCGUCCCUAAGGCCAUGUGUCUAAGGCCAUGUGUUAGGUGGGCGUUUUGCAGAAAACGGGGGAUAAAAAAGUGACUGUGUGCAUGGAGGCAGCUUCCUCUUCUGUGUGAAAAAGAUGAAGGUCAUCUUGGGCUGGGAUUGGCUGUGCCCUUUCAUUUCCAGAGUGAGUGGAAAUGCUCCACUCCCCCGCUUCUCUGUAGUUCUUCUUAGGCUGAGUGUUACAGUAUCAAUCUGCACUGUCUCCCCCAGGCUGUAAAACCUUUAGGAGGUUUGGCUCACUGGCCAAAGGAGACUGCUAGAGGCAAUCAUUUGAAGGUUGUAGCCCAGUCCACUUUGUCCAAGCUCCAUUUUCUGUUUCCCAAUCCACCACAACGUGGAAUCCCCCUGCAUGUGCUCUUGGUGCCAUUAAUUGCGCUUUCCUGUUAUGAUGGACUGAAACCACGAGCUAAAAUAAAUGCUUUCCCCAUUGGGUAGGCCUGGAAG